AUGGCGCAUUCCCAGAAGGAUUUAGCAGGUUGGAAGAUUGUCAUUACCGAUGCUGAGAAUAAUGUAUUGGAUGGAUCAAAGCGUAGGUCCAGAAGAAAUGCUCCUAAGGAAUAUAUACAUCUUGAACGAGAAUCCGAUGAGCUACGUUUUACUAGGGGAGAUAGCAUAAUAAUGUAUGAUGAAAAGGUAGAUUCCAAUAUUGUUUAUUUAGUAAAUGAGAUUAGGUUGAACACUAUGAAUAAUGUUGUAGAGAUCCUGGGGAUGUUGUAUCUGGGGCAUGAUGAUUUGGAUCCAAUUAAAUAUUUGGAGCAAUUCGAUCCAGAUUUUGUUAAUGAUGAUCGAUCUGAUGAGGAAUAUGUGGCGAGAAUAGAACAAGAUGUAGGUAAGAAAAGAUUGUUUUUAACUGCUUCUCUCUCUGAAAUAUGGCUGAUGAAUUUCAGAGGAAUGGCGAACAUCUUAGAAGAAGAAGAGGCAAAAGAUCUAACUGAUAAAAUUGAAGGUAAAGAUUUUGUAGUAAAUUAUGUGUGUGAUCCAGAUUCGACUAAUUUCGUGAGUAUAGAAUUCAAAGGAGUAAGAAAUAAGAUUUUGGAAUGUGAACCGAAAGAAGCAGAAGAAUUUCUGAAAAAAGUAUCCCUACCUAAAGUUAAUACGAAUACCAUUAAGUCACAAGAAAAGGAGCCAAAGAAAAUUGCGAAGUCAAUGAAGUCAAGGAAAUCAGUUGUCGAGGAUAUUAAAUUGGAAUCUGAGAGUGAAAAUAAUUUGGCAUCUUCUUCAAGUGAUGAAGAACAAGAUAAUUCUUCAGAUUAUGCCAAUGAUAAUGGAAAUCACAUAAGCACAGAUGAAGAAGAUAUAGAUAACGAAGAGGAAGGAAGUGGAAAUGAUGAUAACAAUGAUAAUAUCUCAAUAGAUACUGAUGAAGAAGAAUAUGGAAGAAAAAAUAAGCGUAAAAGAAGAACUACACAAACCACUUCAGUUAAGGCCCCAAGAACUAAGAGGAAAGCGACUAGUACUGUUGUGGAUGAUAAUCCUAGAUCGGGUACACCUAAAACUACUUCUAAUCAGCAAAAUGGCUUAUUUAUUAGAAAAUUCACGAAAAGAAAUGUUGCCCGUGCUAAAAAGAAAUAUACCCCAUUCUCCAAAAGGUUUAAGUCAAUUAAGGAUAUACCUGACUUGACUAAACUAGCCGAAUUUAACCAAGCAUCCGCAGAUUUAGAAAUUGCUAGGUUGGAAGAUAAAUUAAGGGCACCAAAAGGUCAAAAAGUAGUGGAAACUAUUUUCUCCAAGGUUAAAAAGAGACUCUAUUCUUCUCAUGGUAGAGAAGAGAUUAUGAAAUCUACAAACUUCAAUGAUUAUUUACCUGGACGUGAAAAUGAAUUUGCAUCAAUUUACUUGAGCUUGUACAGUGCAGUAGAAUCUGGAAGUGCAACUACUGUCUAUGUUGCAGGUACACCAGGUGUAGGGAAAACUUUGACAGUUCGUGAAGUUAUUAAUGAAAUGCAGAAUUCGGUUGAUAAUGGGGAACUACCUAAGUUUCAGUAUGUGGAAUUAAACGGUUUAAAGAUGGUUAAACCUACCGAUAGUUAUGAAGUUUUAUGGAAUAAAGUGUCUGGAGAGAGAUUGACAUGGGGUGCAGCAAUGGAAUCGCUUGAAUUCUAUUUUAAUAAGGUACCAAGAGAGAAAAAGGGGAUUGUAGUGGUACUAUUAGAUGAAUUAGAUGCAUUAGUGACUAAAGCCCAGGAUAUUAUGUACAAUUUUUUCAAUUGGACUACAUAUGAAAACGCUAAAUUAAUAGUUGUUGCGGUUGCCAAUACUAUGGAUUUGCCAGAAAGACAAUUGGGUAAUAAGGUUUCAUCAAGAAUUGGUUUUACGAGAAUUAUGUUUGCCGGUUACACACAUGAUGAACUAAAGAAUAUUAUUAAUUGUAAAUUGCAAGGCCUUAACGAUUCAUAUUUCUAUGUUAAUUCCAAGAAUGGUAGUGCACAUUUAAUCAAUCCCGAAGAGGAGAGCAGUAUUGAUGACGAGAACCUACCGAAACACAUUAAAAAGGUGCAAUUACGUAUGAGUGAUGAUGCUAUUGAAAUUGCUGCCAGAAAAGUUGCUAGUGUCAGUGGUGAUGCUAGAAGAGCAUUAAAGAUUUGUAAAAGAGCUGCAGAAAUUGCAGAACAGUAUUACAUGUCUAGGCAUGGAUAUGGUUAUGAUGGGUUGCCAUUGGAGGAAAUAGAUGAUUUUGAUAUGGAGAAUGAUGAAGAUGUCAUAGCGUUACGUAAAGAAAGGGCCAAUAACAAAGCGCUUGAAAUGACAGAACGCGAUAAUGAUGAUUCUAUCCAAACGGUUCAUAUCUCACAUAUAGUGAAGGCUUUAAAUGAAACAGUCAAUUCACGUACAGUGAAAGUGAUUGAAAGGUUGCCAUUUACAGUAAAAUUGUUUUUAUAUGCAUUGUUAAAUUUAAUGAAAAAGACAAUGAAACAAGAACAACAUUUAGGAGAUAUUAUUGACGAAAUAAAGCUGCUAGUAGAUGUGAAUGGUAAGAACAAGUUUAUAGUUGAGAUCAGCAAGACACUGUUUGGCCAAGAUAGCAGUCCUAACGAGCCCAGUCAACUAAGAAUGGUUUCUUGGAAUUUUGUUCUUAACCAAUUGAUAGAUUCUGGUAUUAUAAUUAGGCAAACGUUGAAAAAUGAAAGAAAGAGUACAGUAAAACUGAACAUUUCCACAGAGGACAUCAAGAAUGCCAUUGAACGUGAAGAUAGUUUGAAAGGUUUGUAA